AUGUCUUUAUCAAAGGUUGAGGACCCUAAAAGAGUGGCCGCCGCCGCCGCUGCACAACAGAGCGACAAUAUAGCGCACGCUCUGGCGGGCGCUGGUGGUGGGAUACUGUCCAUGGCUCUGACAUACCCACUCAUCACCCUUUCAACCCGAGCGCAAGUGGAAUCCAAACGUGCGCAGUCCUCGACUAUUGACGCGAUUCGCCGCAUUGUACAGAGGGAAGGGAUAAUCGGACUUUAUUCUGGCCUUGAGUCGGCGUUGUUUGGUAUCAGUGUCACCAACUUCGUGUAUUACUACUGGUAUGAGUGGACUCGGUCGGCCUUUGAAAAGGCUGCCGAGAAGGCGGGUCGUUCAAAGAAGUUGUCAACAGUUGAAUCGAUGAUCGCCGGAGCAAUUGCAGGGAGCGCAACUGUGAUGCUAACCAACCCCAUUUGGGUCAUCAACACCAGAGUGACCGCUCGCAAAUCGGUGGAAAAUGAUCAAUUCCUACCCGGAGCGCCCAAGAAGCAGCGGACAUCUACUCUUGGAACACUUAUGGAUCUCCUCCAGAAAGAGGGUCCAACAGCGCUCUUUGCCGGUGUCCUACCUGCUCUCGUCUUGGUGAUCAAUCCUAUUCUGCAGUACACCAUCUUCGAGCAGUUGAAAAACAUAGUGGAACGCCGCCGCCGAAUGACACCAAAGGAUGCAUUUUACCUCGGCGCUCUUGGCAAAAUAUUGGCCACUUCAAUCACAUACCCAUACAUCACAGUGAAAAGCCGAAUGCAUGUCGCCAGUAAGGACGGGCCCAGGGAGAGUCUAAAUGGGAGUUUAAAGAGGAUCAUCAAGGAAGAGGGUUAUACUGGACUAUACAAAGGCGAGUCUUUUGCGCAAUAA